GUUGAGGCAAGUUGCUGGAAAACAUAAAAUGUACUACGUAAAUACAGCGCUACUUUCAUUAUUCAAUUGUGCAUUGUUAUUCUGCUUCAAUUUAGUUGCAUAUACACAUUCCACUGUAAAUUCAAAACGAUAUUGUAAUAGAACCAAAAGCUGUAAUUAUGCAUUUAUCGAUACUAGGAGCGUUACUUUUGCCUAUAGUAAUCUAUGGAGAAAGAUUUUCACGACGAUCACUAGGUGUGCGUUGCAAUAAUACAAAAUCCAACAAAGCGCCUCCUUUAUCCAUGGAAAAUGAAAUAGACAAUCCUAAAAUUGCUUGUCCAGAUAGCUUGAAUCGCUGCCAUCGAUUUUUCGACACCGAUACUGAUUUCUUCGCAGUUUAUUACAACCACAUAAAACCAUACAGUCUGAAACUCAGUAUUUCUUACGAAACUGCGCUGGGGAUAGAAAAAGCCUUCUUCGAACAGGAAGAGGAUAUGUUCAGAAAUUACACGAAAACCUUGAUUCAAAGCGUAAAGCAAUUUGAUGGCAUCAGCUGGCACGCUGAUAUUAAAGAAACUGAUUAUGAUUUCUUCGUAAACUUUUUGUUUGACAGAUACUCACAUUUUCGUAACAAGCUCAAGAGCAUACCUGAAGAUGAACAUCGAAAUAUCAUAGAGCUUUCUGUUAAGAGCGAUGGUAGUUUUGAUCCAGCUAAAAUGGUUGUAAUUCAUGUAGGUUAUUAAAGAUUGUUAAUUGUGUAAGGAAAAUUAUUUUUUUAUUUGUAUUAUUUUAAAAAUUUUGUUCGUUGUACAUAUUUUUUAUAUCACACAUUGAUAUGAAAGUGUGUAUGAAGUACACAAAACUCCAAGUUGGUGCUGUGAAAAAGAACUACACUUGAGAGCAAAAUAAUCGACUCACUUGUUGAAUUGUACACGUUAGAAGUCUCGAAUUUCCUAAACCUGUUGUCCGAUUCGAGUAAUUUGUUUAGUAUGUUACAGCCUUAUUAUUUAAGAAAAUCGAUGUAAUAUUUUUUGCUAGGCAGGUAAAGGUCAUUUUAUACCGGGUGUAACAAUCUUACGGUGUUUUUUUUUUCUUAAAGUUCGGAACACCCUGUGUAAUAUUCUAGCAUAUAUAAAAUAUUUAAAUUAAACUCAAUUGUAGCCUUAGGCUUUCUUAACAUCUUGUUUUUUGAUUCAUUCGCUUAUGUUCGAUAAUAAAUGAGAUAUGUACUUUUAUAUUACAAAUGAGGUAUGCUAUUUGGUCUUAAUCAAUAUCAUUCCAAAUCUAGAGAGCUACUGUUUCUACCUCUUGUGAGGUUCUAGGAGGUGGCAAACGCUGUCGGGCUGUCGUAGUCUUCUGCCAAUUAUGUCCCACAAAUUUUCGAUCAGGUUAAGGUCUGGACUAUGCGUUGUUCAACGCAUAGUCCGAAGAUUUACCUGUUGUAAAUAUUCGGUUACAGUUCGUGAACGUGGCACAUAGGUUGAUUUUAAAUAAUUAGCCGGCCAAAAGUCAAAUUUCAAAAGUGACGUUAAAAAUUCAAGACACGUCCUAGAGACACCUGAUGGUUUGUCUUAACAAAAACUUACUAUCCCCACUCCAGAACUAUUCACCGCGCACGUGGGCACGUGCGAAUACGCGCGCAUGUAGCUGUUAGUGAAUUUUUGUUCUCUUAGCUUAGUAGUCAACUUUUUAAAAACUGUGACAUUUUGCAAUAUUCACCUUAUUUUUCAAAGUGAUUGUGAUGAAAUCGAAUAAUUUCGGUAAGAAUGAAUAUUUCUUAAAAUAUUUUUAGAAAAUUAACUGUUAUUUUAUAUUAUUUUUAGAGAGUCAAAAACAAGCCGUUUUAUAGUGACAUUUUUGUUUAAUUUUUAUGUUUAUAAGACAUUUAGUUAUAUUAUCGCCUCCGAUCGAGCAAUACUAUUUAUUUUAUAGCAUACUGCAUAUAUUUGGCUAAUUAAUGGCAUACAGUUCAGCUGCGGAUAGCUGCGGAUGCCAGAAAUACAGGGGUUUUAAUUUUUCUAUAUAGGAUGACGUCACAAAAAUAAAAGUACCUACAUAUUUGUUUUAAAUAUAAUAAUUGCGAUUUUUUUUGUUUUAACUACAUUUGGUGACUGCUCUGACCUAAAAAUAGUACUCCGCAAAUAUCUCUGAGACCAAAUUGAGCUACAAGAUUUUCCUAAUCUAGAGGACAAAUUAAAAUAUUUGGAAAUUAACUUAUUGAACUGUUAUAUCUGAUAAUUUAAUCAGUUUAAAACAAAGAUUUCGAGAUUUUAAAACGGCGAUGAUAGAGAAAUUGUUAAAGACUCACGAAAAGAUGCGGUAUUUCUACAAGCAAAUAAAGAUUGGUUAAAUGGAACAUUUCAAACUUGUAGAAAACAAAUAAAUGGAACCAGGUCGGCUUCCUAAAUUAUUUGAGGACUCCAGUGAAAGGAUGAAAAGAAGAAAAACAGAAGAAAUACGUUCUUUGCUUGAUGGUGAAGCUAUCGUUCAUGAAGCACAGACAUUACAGGCUCGUGAAAAAAGAAAUGCAAUUGAGAUCCCAGCUAGCAAGGAAAUACAUAGUUGCGUACAGGAAAUUAAACUUCUUUUAACUUCUGACCAGCUAUUAACAAUUUUAAGAAGCAAGAAACGUGUGUACAUAAAAGGAUCAAACCACGGUCAUUUUGUUCUGAAAUGAUUAAAAUGCUGUUACCUACCGGGUGACCCCAAAUACUGAGUCCGAUAUGUCAGAUACCGACUGAGGUAUCCUGCAUAUUUUGUAUUAAUAUUAAAUUUUGAUUUUUUUUUUCUGUAAAAAAUACAAGUCAAUUUUUAAAAAACAAUAUUUUUCUUUGAUUUGUACCCGUUUUAGUAGAAAUAUGCUGUAAAAUAAUUUUGGCCGCGUAAAUCCAUUAAAUCGACGUAUGUGCGUGGUCUUGCAUUAUCGUGCAUUAGCAAAAAAUUGUUACCAAUAUAAGGAGCCGAUAGCAUGGUAGCCAAGUCCUUCGCUAUGUAAGGUCACUACUUGAACACACUCAUCGCGGGUCAAAUUCCUUGUAGCGCGUUCCAUUUCCACCAAAUAACAAAAACAAACUACGGACUUAAUUGAAACUUUUAAUAAUAAAUCUACUCAUUUUCACAACAAACCAGACACUUUUUGACUGUCAACCAUUUUACAUCCAUUAAAUUGUUAAUUUGUCAUAGCCUACGUUAGGCUUGUUUAUUAAACUAAGCAAAAAAUGAGGAUUUAUUGCUGAAAAACAUCGCUAGUUGUUAACGUACCUAACUUUUUUAUUAUCCAACAUAAGCAAAUGAAUAAAAAAAGAAUAUGUUAAUAAAGCCUAAAACUACAACUAAAUUUUAAUUUAAAUAUUUUUUAUAUGCCACAAUACUUCACAGGGUGUUCCGAACUUUAAGAAAAAAAACACAGUAUGAUUGUUACACCCGGUAAAAAAUGACCUUUCCCUGUAUAGCAACAAUAAUAUUACAUCGAUUUUAUUAAAUAAUAAGGCUGUAACAUACUAAAAAAAUCAGUCAAAUCGGACAACAGAUUUAGGAAAUUCGAGACUUCUAACGUGUACAAUUCAGCAAGUGAGUUGAUUAUUUUGCUCUCAAGUGUAUAAAUGCCAUUUUUUCUUUUAUUUCAAUAUUACAUACAGACACAAAAAAUUGUUGGUAUUUUAGAGAAUUGGCCUUCUUUUUUAUUACCGACCUCAUGCGACGUUCUUAUACCUGUUACAAACAUGGCAACAAGUAAAUAAUUUGGUUUUUA